ACACACCAUGUUUAUUUUUAAUGGCUGAAGCUUUACACUCCAUGAGAUCAAACUCUCCGACGAACGCUUGMUAGUUUCUUGCAAUAUUUGCCAUGGGUUGCCAAGGUAACAUCAGUUAAUUUGGCGGCAUUAUAUUAUGCUCACAUGGCCAGCAAACGCCCGUCUGURCGUGYAUUCUGCACUUAACUUUGAACUACGUAUACACAGUUUUUAAUUUWAUUUUUUUUCGUUUUCGUUUAUUGCGUCGUUUGGUSUACAGAGUAUGCUUUGAGAUACYCAUCAGAAAAGUGAAGCGUUUACUGGAAGUUCUCAUUUCAUUUGCAUAUUUUAUCGGAGAGGAUUUGACAGAUGUGAUUUUGUGGAUACAGCAGAUCUCUCACCGAGUUUGCCCUCAGGAAAAGGACAACAACGCUGUACUCGCUAAAGACUGUUUUCAUGCGAUAUGUUCUGUUCAUUUCUUCUCGUGCUUUUGGCAGUUGGCAAAGUAAARUUGUUUGAACUUUCAACGACAUACGUCAGAGUUGGUUGCUAUGCCGACAAUAACAACACAACACGUCCUCUGCCCGAUCUCCUUGGAAACUAUUAUUAUUCUAUGACGUGGAAUACCAUAGAUGAUGUCAUACACAAUUGUUCCAAGCUUGCACAGAGUGAAGAUCACAGGUAUUUUGGUCUUCAACACUACGGCGAAUGUUGGUCGGGAAAGAACGCUGACUUGACAUACGCCCGCGAUGGCUCAAGUGACGCAUGCGUCAACGGUGUUGGCAAGAAAGGAGCGAAUUUUGUGUACAAGUUUUUGAACACCGCUGAUCAAAGUUGUGAUAUGGGAUGGCAUUCUACUAAGAAGUCGUGUUUUCAGCUCGCUUCGAAUAUCACUUCUUACGUGCACGCCGAUAAAUACUGCACAAAACAACUUGGGUCCAUUUUCCUCGCAAAGACACAAAACAGCUUUUUAACCCUAGAUCGCUUGCUACUCACUCUUGAUUUAAACAAACAACUGAACGAUACAGAUUGUAUUGUAUUCAAGGACACAAGUGUUUCUUACGGCGGGGUUUUGACCUCCUGGAAUUCAAGCAUGCCUACCCUUGCUGGGGGUCUCACGGCCAGCAAUCUGGGGACUGGUUACGAGUGCGCAGUUAAAGACAUCAAUGGGAAGUGGUAUUAUCAUAGCUGUGGCUUGAAAAGCUGUCAUAUUUUGUGUAGUAAGCACAGAGACGCAUUGCCCGGUGAUGGUAGAUUUGCGUUGGAACGAGAGUACUCCUUCCUCAAGAAUAACCUUUUACGAUGGCAACUAGUUGAUGACGUAAAACAAUGUGCACGUGAGUGUCUCGUGACAGACAAAUGCAAGUCGUUCAACUUUGAGUUCAGAUCACAUGACCUGUCAGUAGGCUCCAAAUGUGGCCUAAACAAAGGGAAAUUGGAUGGAGCAGUUGGAGCCUUAAGUUACUCGCUGAAGUAUCAUUACUAUGAAAGGCUCUCUUAGAUCUUAAACCAGUUUUAGCUCUACGUGCAUGUCAGCAAUGGUGGAUGCCGUGGUUUUAUCGUGAAAUCAAGAACGUUAGGACCCAAAGUGCAUACUUUAUCAUCCUCAAAUACACGCAUGGUUAUCCAGUCUUUGUUGAUUUGAAAGUAUAGUCCUUAAAACUUAACCUUGAAAAAUUCAAUUAAAGUCGGGUAGUCAAGUAGACACAAGAAGAAAGCAAUACAAUCAGAGCGUACUAAGGGUGCUUUCCAUUUAGGUAGAACUGGCCUGCCAGUCCGCUCUAUUUAGAGGCAUAUUAUGCUUUUUGUCAACAUUUUUCUGUCAUUUCGAGGUUUUCUAUAGAAUAAUGGAUAGAAUUUGAAAAUUUGAAUUUCCCGACGAAAUAGGAAUGAUAUAUAAUAUAUUUUCUCUGGGUCUGGCUAGCCAGUUCUGACAAAUGGAAAGCGCCCUAAGGUUUAUUAGUGUUACACCUGUUUCACGGGUUUUUGGACUUUACUUUAUGACGUAAAAAGUUUUAUUGUCUAGCUCUUUCCUAUCCCAUGGGCCAUUUAGAGUGUGCAUUAUUUCUCAGUAGUAGCUAUUAUUCAYCCCUCAAACAUGGCCGUCGGUCUUUUAUCUUUUGAAUCUCAUGAUUAUAACGAGAACUUUCAAUGGAAGCUACCCACGUCUUCACUGUUCGCAGAAUAUUUCAUCGUGGUCCCGCAUUUUUAUAAGAAUGAGAAGUUUAUUGACUAAAUGACUAGACUUAUAACAGUAUAUUUUAGCAAAUUUAAAGGAAGUCGAGAUUCAAGYUUUCGAAAAAUACUCAAUUUAGUCGAUCUUUGAUAAUUGUAUGUAGCCGCCAUCUUGGAUGACAACAUUGUGGACGGAGCUUCGAGACACCGGCUUGAAAGAAAAAAAAAACAUAUGUAAAAAAACAACUGUUUAAGUGAGUUUAUAAAAUUUUUCAUUUAAUGUAGUUUAAAUUUUAUGUUUAUAAUUAAAAUGUGAUGUAAAUAUA